CUCCAUAUCAGAAUGUCUCUUUUUUGCUUUGAAGAAAUGGUGCCUGUUCAAUUGUUUAUUCCGGUUGAACUAGCUCAUGAUUGUGUGUCUGAGUUGGGACAAGAAGGGAAAGUCCAAUUUAUGGAUUUGAAUAAAGAUAAACCAACUUUUCAACGCACUUUUGUUUCUGAAAUACGAAUGCUCAAUGAGAUGAAAAGCAUCUGUGAUUUUCUCAAAAAACAAAAUGAAAGAAGCCAAUAUUGGCAUGGUUCAGCCCACAUCAGAAGAACAUCAUUCUUAUGCAAGACAAGCUAUCAUUGAUUUAUUAGAUACUCUUCGAGACCAAAAGCAACGUACAAGUGGGUUGAAGAACUUGUAUCAAUCACUGGAACACCAACUUUUAGAGUUGAUUGAGUUUCGUCAUGUAUUAAUACAAACUGCUAUGUUUUUUGAACAGGCAGAAGAUAAAUACAAACUAUUUCGAAUACAGUCCAUGCAAGAUAUGGGUCCAUUGUUUGUAGACUAUGAAGCAAACCGUGAUAUUGAAUCAUCGUCAACAGAUAGACUCACUCGUCUUCAUUACUUGAUGGGUGUUAUUUCUAAAGAUUUAGCUAUGACCUUUGAGCGUAUUCUUUGGCGAGUCUCGCGUGGCAAUCUGUUGAUUCAGUUUGCUACUAUACCUGAGCCUGUAGCCACGGAUCCAUCUAAUCCAAGCCAAACCGAGUAUAAAGUUACAUUCACGGUCUUUACUCAUAGUCAGCAACUUCUCAAGAAAUGCGAGCGCAUCUUGAAUGGUUUGAACGGGAGAGCCUACGCUGCUGAAGUCAGUGCAUCAAAACGUUCAAAGAAACUGACGGCGAUUGCAGAAAACAUUGACAAUCUGAAUACUGCCUUGGAUCAAGCAAGACAUAUUUCUCAAGAAGAAUUAAAAGAUAUAAAAAACAUCGUUCAUAGAGAGAAAGCAAUUUACUGCGCCAUGAACAUGUUUAAUUUUGAUCCGAAUCGACAAUGCAUGAUUGCAGAAGCCUGGUGUGCUAAAAACCAAGUCGACAUGGUCCAAGCAGCCAUUACAAGAGUAACUCUUGAAAAUACCAUGUCGCCUAUUCUUACCAUGGUGCCAUCCACACAUCGCACUCCUCCUACUUGCCACCCAACGAACAAGUUUACUCGUCCAUUUCAAGAGCUGGUGGACACUUAUGAACAGUUGUGUCAAAUCAAAGAUGAGAUUUUCAAGAUAUUUUAUCAUGGAAAAUACAUGUUGUUAAUGAUGGGCAUCUUCUCUAUGUAUACUGGAUGGGUAUACAAUGACUUUUUUUCAUUGUCUUUGUUUAUGGCUUCAAGCGAAUUUGAUUUACCUGCAAACUAUUCAACAAAUGAAACAACUCUUUUGCAGAGUGGAUAUGCUUAUCCUUCUGGUAUUGAUCCUAGAUGA